AUGCUAGUUCUAUUGAUACUCAUUUAUUUUGUAAGAACUUCGAAUAAUCAUAAGGAUACAUUCAAUAAUUCCUUGAUCAACUCAAUUUAUUACAAAAUUAAUAUUAGUAAUCUAAAUCAAAAAAUUAGAGAUUAAUUAUUUAAAAGUCUUAAUAAAAUUGAGGAGGCAAAUAUUGAAUUUAGUACAAUAACAAUUCAAUGUAAUAAGUAUAAUUAGGAACAUUAAGAGGUCAUAAAUUAAAUAUAUAUAAUAAAUAAUGAGAUAUCUAAGGACAAAUCAUAAUUUGGAGUAAUUAACUAAUAAAUUUAUAAGUUGAAUGAGAAUAUAAAUAAAGGUGAAAGAAAAUAAAUAAACCAGAAUAAUAAUUAAAUCAACAAUUCCAAGAAUAUAAUAAAUAAAGAUUACCAAGUUUUCAAAUAAUUUAAGAAUUUCCUUUUUUUUAACUAUUAUAAAUGGAAUUGA